AUGCCCAGAUCCGUCAACCCGCUCAAACGAAAGACCUCGUCGCCCUUCUCCACGGCACAGCGGAAGAAGCCAGCGUCGCGCAAGAGCAGUGUCGCCGACAAGGACGAUGCCCAGGAGAGACUUGAUGACAUUGGUCGCGCGCCAUCGCUGGCUCCCCGUGACUGCGGCCAAGACGUCGGUAGUCUCGUCAACUACAUCAGGACCCACGCGUUCGAAGACAUUCCAGAAAGAGCAGCGGGCAUGAACAGCGAGCAGAUCUCUGCGACGUUGCGCUACAGAGCGACCUUGCCUCCAGUGGUGAGCGUUGCACACCUGCAUGCGUGUAGCAUUUCCACGACAGAAACAGAAAGAGAGAUGGCACGCCUGAUAGCUAGUGGGAAGCUACGCAAAGUCACUGUGCUUGGAAGAGGUAAAGGUGGUUCUGCAGUUGGCGAGGGUGUCGUGAUGGUAGAGGACUGGAAGGAACGACUGCGCCGAGAGGGUGACAUCGACAAAGUGCUGAGCGAGAAAUACAUUGCCCUGAUGGACACUCACCGGAUCUCACCAACGACUUCUGUGUCAUCGCUGUCGAGCACUGAGUAUCGCGCGCUCCUCGAUGCGGGCUUUCUAACCAAUCCGGGAGGCCUUUCUUCCAACCUGGGAGAUGCCUUCGCUCGCCAACACAGCACAUCAUCAGGCGCAAUUUCCCGAGCAGGCUACUCAGCAGCCACGGGAACACUUGCCGCGGUAGGUGGCCACGGGGCGAUUCAUGAUAGCGGCGCAAGCGGUAGCGCCCUGGCGACCAAGGACAGACGUCCGUCAACGCUCCAGUCGGGCGGUGAGAUGACCUUCAGUCUCCCUUCCACCGGUUCGUACCUCAAGCUCCUCACAGAAGCACGCCUGCAUCUUCUACACUUGCUGAGACAGCUCUCUCCUCGCUUCAAGGAGGCCACGAAAGAGAUGCUGGAGGAAAAGUGGAACGGCAACGUGCCCAAUGAUCCCAUCAGCACACAGAAGAGAAUGCGCGGGGAAUGGGCCGGCGUAUUGCCCGGCAAAACGAAGCGGUGGCGCGAUUUCUACGGAAUGAAAUUUGAAUGGAUCCUCGCAGAGUGCGUAGGGGCUGGUCUAGUCGAGCUUUUCGAUACUGGAAGUGUGGGAACUGCUGUGAGAGCGACGUAG